AUGUCCUCUGUUAUAGGACAAAUCCUUAAGGCUAGAUACAAGGAAGUUGUAUUCUGCUACAAGGAGCGCCGAGGACACAUUCAGAACCUGAACCAAACAAUCACUGGAGCAAAGCCUAAUGCCGAACACUUGUCACACAAUUACAGCGACAACAGAAUUCUGAUUGAGACUUUGCGCGACAAGCUGGGAGACAUAGCUAAGACACCAGAGAUAUCUCGACUACUCAAACAGCUAAUCAGCAAAGACGAUGCUCUUUGCGCAGCGCUGAAUCUAGAGGUUGCUGAGAAGAAGGACAUUAAAGAUGCAAUCUUUAAGGCUUGUGACGCUGUCGCUCAGGACACAACAAUGCAGGUGGAUAUUGCAAACACCCCAGGCAAGCGGGCUCGACAAGCAUCUGCUGACAGUGAUGACGAAAACACCCUGCUGGCAAAGCGCAGAAAAAACGUCAGCUCGACCACCAAUGCCGUCAUCCAGAACCCUCUCCCCGAAACUACGGCACGAUUGGUGAAGGUCGGAAACCGCUUGGAAUUGAUGGGGAGUGAGCCAGUGUUCUGCACAUGGCUCUAUCUCCGUCGUACUGAGCCCGGAAAGGGUUUCGAUCCAAUUGGGCACGGCUGCAUCGAGUCUGACAAUUUCGAGGACGUUGGACCGGCUGCCGUGGCUAUGGAUUGGCAGUGA